AUGGGGGGUGAUGAGAGAAAGCGAGGAGGAAGAGGAGGAGAAAAGAUGUACAACACGUCAACUCCAAUGCCUACGCACCAACUUUCCGAUUCUAAUCGCCGAAUUAUGGGUACCCACAAGGACAAUAAUGCUCGUAUUCUUCGAGUCUAUCAAGCUUGGAAAGGCAACAAUAUAUUCUGCCUUCGGGGUAGACUUGUAUUUGGUCCAGAUGUCAGGUCGCUAUUCCUUACAAUCUUUCUAAUCAUGGUUCCAGUAAUCUUAUUUUGCGCUUUUGUUUCUCAAAGGCUCAUUAACGACUUCCAACACCAGCUAGGCGAUUAUAUUAUAGUUAUAUGUCUCGUGUUGACAGCAUAUGUUAUUAUUCUUCUAUUCCUUACUUCUGCAAGAGAUCCAGGCAUUAUUCCUCGUAAUCUCCACCCUCCAGAAGAUGAAGGCUCAAGUAUAUCUGCUGAUUGGCCAGGAAUUCAGGUUGCUGGCCCAAGUUUACCUCCCACAAAAGAUGUUAUGGUGAAUGGGAUGGCAGUCAAGGUCAAAUACUGCCAAACAUGCAUGCUAUACCGCCCCCACGAUGCUCUCAUUGCUCUAUAUGCAACAACUGCGUUGAGCGUUUUGAUCAUCAUUGCCCGUGGGUGGGGCAAUGUAUUGGCAAGAGGAAUUACAGAUUCUUUUUCAUGCCUCACUGCAUUUCAUCUGUACUUGAUAUUCACCAAUCAGACAACAUAUGAAAACUUCCGUUAUAGGUAUGAUGGAAAGAUGAAUCCUUACAACCUUGGUUGUGUUCGUAAUGUUAUGGAGGUUUUCUUCUCAAAAAUUCCAAAAUCGAAGAACAAAUUCCGGGCAAAGGUCCGGGUUGAUUCAUCUUCUGGCUAUGCUGCUUCAAUGUCGAUGAGCCAUGUCUUGAGCCCAGAGGUGCCAAAAAGGAGCUUUGAUAUGGAAGUGGGAAAACGACAAGCUGUUGCUGAUGAGGAUUUUGAAGAUAUACAAAGUCAGAUUGACAGUGUUGGUGGAUUGGAGAGGUGCGGAACCCAGCCAAGACACAGAAAUUGGGAUCAUAAAGUCAACUGGGAGAUAACACCAGAUAUAGAUGUGUUGGCUGCUGAGUUUGGAAUGGAACGCGGUUUAGCAGAUAGGCAGAAAAUUUCUAGUGAUCAUUGA